UUGGUAAACUACAUCGAUAUACUUUGCUUAAUGAAUGGUAGAGCUGCUAUUUCCGCUUCCAGUGAAUCGUCUUCCUCGUGACAUCCAGCAGCUCUUCCCUUAUCCUCUUUCGCCGUUCAGCAAGGAACGCUGCCGCCGCCGUGUGAUGAGAUGAGAUGGAUUCUCUGCUUCCUCCACGGCCGCUGCCUUCCACCGCCCGUCCUCCUCUCCUCCUCUCGGGAGACCACCACCACACCCGGCUGGCCUUCCCGUCCUCCUCAUGUCCGGCGGUCCGCCUCCUCACUCUCCGGCGGCGCGCCGUGGCCCGUCCAACAACCGCCGACCCAGCGGCGGCGGCGGCGGACCUCAUGGUGGCUCUUGCAGAGGCCGGCGACAUGGCGGGGGCGCAGUCGAUCUGGGCACAACUCCUGCUCAGCUCCGCGGCCCCCUCCCUCGCCGCCGCGGCGCCGCGUCUCCUCCCAGCCUACGCGCGUCUCGGCCAUCCCGACGAGGUCCUCCUCGCCGCGCGGGAGCUCUCCGCGCGCCUCCCUUCCUCCGCCGCGCGGGACAUCUACUCGCUCUCCGUCUCCUCCCUCGGCGCCGCGGGCGAGCUAGCCCUAAUGGAGUCCGCCGUGCGGGAGAUGGCCUCCCGCUUCCCCGGCGGCAUCGACUCCGCCACCGGCAACGCCUUCGUCCAGCACUACGCGGCCUUCGGCACCCUCCCGCAGAUGGAGGCCGCGGUGGGCCGCCUCCGCCGCUCGGGCACCCUCAUCUCCGUCGCCGCCAUCCGCGCCGUGGCGUCGGCAUACAUCUCGCAGCGCAAGUACUACAGGCUCGGCGAGUUCGUCUCCGGCGCCGGGCUGCUCCGCCGCCGGGACGCCGGGAACCUGCUGUGGAACCUCUACCUGCUCUCCUUCGCCGCCAACUUCAAGAUGAAGUCGCUGCAGCGGGGAUUCCUCGAGAUGCUCGCCGCCGGGUUCCGCCCCGACCUCACCACCUUCAACGUCCGCGCCGCCGCCUUCUCCAAGAUGUGCAUGUUCUGGGACCUCCACCUCGCCGCCGACCACAUGCGCCGCGACGGCGUCGCCCCGGACCUCGUCACGCAUGGCUGCUUCGUCGACGCCUACCUCGAGCGCCGCCUCGCGCGAAACAUCCCCUUCGCGUUCCGGCGGCUCGGCACCGGCGCCGGCGAUGAGCCUGCCGUCGCCACGGACGGCAUCGUGUUCGAGGCGUUCGGCAAGGGAGGGUUCCACGCGAGCUCCGAGGCGGUGAUGGAGGCGGCCUGCGCCGGCGGGAAGCGGCGGCGGUGGACGUACUACAGCUUGCUCGACGUCUACCUGAGGAAGCAGCACAGGAAGAACCAAAUCUUCUGGAACUACUGAUCAAAUUACCAGUGAAGUGUAGCCACUAGCCAGUGUGUAUGUUACGAUUUUGCAAGAUGACAACAACACUGAUCAAUUUGUAUUCUCUUCGUAAGAAAGAUUACAGAAUUCACGUCAA